GUGUCAUCAGAAACUCAAAAUGGCGGACGAAACUCGUGUUUAGUUUUUCUCUAACUUGAGAAAGUGCAUGAAAUAAGUAUGGUGUCGGUUCAUGAAAAUAUUGUGGUGAUACCUGGGGAAAGAUUAGGAAGUAUUGAACAAUAUUCACCAGGAAAUGGAACUUAUAUUCGCCAUGGAUAUGUGUAUGCUAGUCUUGCUGGUUACAAACAGUCGCAAAACCAGGAGAAUGGAGAGGUUUGUGAGAUUUUUUGAUGCAAUGUAAGCUUUAGAUAACUGACUUUGAUAUUUUAGAAAUGUAGCAAAAGCAUACCGUAUAGACCCCUUUCAUAAUGACGGCAUUUCUUUGAAUGAAAAUUGUAUUGUCUUUGGACAAGUUGUCGAUACCAGAAAGGCUAAUUUAUGUUGUGGUUUAGUUUUAUCCUUGGUUCAUAUUUUAUUUUCUUUUGUUUUUGGGUAUUGUAAUGUACGAUAAUGAGUUUGAAACAAAGGAAAAUAAAAUUUGAACGAAGGACAAAAUUGAAUCACAACAUAUGCAUGAUUAUGAAAGAGUAGUAAUAAGGUCCAACUUUUGCAGAAGGGGUCAGUAUUUAGAUUUUUUUUCAUGUACUCUGCAGGAACAUCUAAUAAAAAGUUUUUAAGUUAUCACAACUCAGGGAAUGUAUUAUAAGGUUUCCAUUUGUAAAGCAACUAGAUAAGGAAGCAUACAUGGCACCAGACACAGAACGUUGAUUGAUUGACUGACUGACACUUUAAUAGUCUGAUCAAUUGAUUUAUUGAUUAACCCUCUACCCCCUAAUAUCAAUAUUCAUAUUCUCCAUGCUCUUUUCUAUACAUUUCCUUUGUUACUGACAAGAAGAAUUCAGUUAACGAUCAAAGCUUCCUAGGUUGGCAAUCAUUUUCUUUAUUCUCAUGAUCUUAACGAAUGAUUUAGUAGUGUUAGUGUAGAGAAAUUAAAUGAUAGUUACUCUUAGGGUUUUAAAAUAAAAGGUUAGAAAUUUGAUUGACUGAUUGACUAAUCAAGAAACUGACUCGUAACUGAUCAGCUGAUUUGCUAUUUUGAUAGACAGGUUGACUGACAGACAGUGCUGACAGACUUACUGAUUUCAUGUUUCCCAAAUCAAUCUAACAUGCUUUGUAAUAUGGAUCUAGAAACCUAUCAUACAUAUCAUCAGAGAGGAGGAAAAGUAUGUAGUGCCAGAAGUUGGUUCAGUUGUUACAUGCAAGGUGGGAAAAUUUCUGCAUCAUAAAUUUUAUUGACGACUAUCAACUUUUUGGCUCAGAUAUGGAAAUUUUUACAGAGAGUCUUUUACUUGGAUCAUUUUACAACAGUUUGACUGGAGAGAUGCAAUUUCAGUUAAAAAUGAACAUAAAGUCAAAACUAAAUGUAUUUCAAACUUGAUGGAUUUAUAUUUUACUCUGUUUAAGAGGUGAUUAUUUUAUAGAGCAAAAUGGAAUUCAGAUAAAACUAGUUUUAAUCAUUUUUAAUCAAACUGGUUUUAAACUGAACAAUGUAAAUUUGUGUGAUAGCAUGCAUGGUUAAAAUGUUAAACACACUUACAAUCUUAUUAAAAAAGUUUAUUUUCUUAUGUGAGUGACCUUAGUGAGUUACAUGGUAAAACUACAUAAUAUUUCAGAUGGGAAGAAGAUUAAAGUUUGACUCAAGUACCCUUUGUAUUUUUCAUUUUGGCAGUUUACCAAGAAAAAAAGGUUCAAAUUUUAUCAAUUGAUUGUCUCAUCAAAAGGUUGUGGUUAUGACCUUAUCACAAGCAAUUGUUAGAAAUAACAUAACAGAAAAUUUCUUUUUCAUGGAGCAUGUAUCUGAUUAAUUUACCUUUUAUACCCUGAUGUUGGUAUGCAUAUUCUCCAUUCUGUUCUCUAGACAUUUUCCAAGGUGCUGAUGAGGAGAAUUUGUUGAACAAUCAAGAGCUUAUUUAGCUAUUGCUCAUUUCCUGUAUUCUUCCUUUUAUUCCUCUUUAUUCUUGUUUGAUUCAGAAUGAUAUUAUGAGGAGAAACUAGGUGCUAGUUACUUGAAGGGGUCAGAGGGUUAAGAAAUAACGAGGAAGCAGAAGAACCUUUCAAAUAAAGCUGUUAAAUUUUUACCUUUUAGGUGAUGAGCACAAACCCAAGGUUUUGCAAAGUAGCAAUUCUUGGUGUAGAAACAACUUCUUUAAAGGAACCUUUCAAAGGAACAAUCAGAAAAGAAGAUGUCCGGGCAACUGAGAAGGACAAAGUUGAAAUGUAUAAGUCCUUCCGCCCGGGUGAUAUAGUACUGGCCAGAGUACUAACUCUUCAUACACAAACGUAUCUCCUUUCAACAGCUGAGAAUGAACUUGGAGUAAUUUUUGCCAAGAGUGAGGGUGGUAGGAUAGACUUAAUUUUUUCAUUCAGGAAAUUGUCAAUUUAAUAGCAGGAAGCCACUUUCUGAAUUGAUCUGCUUUGAUUGUUUCAAGUUCCAUUCAAAAUUUUAUUUGCAUCAUUGUUGAAAAAUCGUUUUUGGUCUUAAUCCUUUCCCCCAACCUAUUUGGUGGGUAGGUAAUUUUGCCAGUUUGAGAUAUGGAUUUUUUUUAAGCAUUAUUAGAGUAGACAAUUAUAUUUAAUGCAUUACCCUUUGAAGAAGUUAGAAGUAACAGUAACAUUUCUUUGAAACAACAAUGUGCAAAGAUAUUUUCUUUAGGUGCUCUCUCCAUGUGCCUUUGUUUUUGUACCAGAUAUCAAACUAUAAAACUAUUGUGCUAUAUGAACAAAGUUCUAUACAGAAAGUACUGGCUCAGGAUGUUAACAAAGUUUUCAAGUUUAUUAGUAAUAAGCAGAUGUCAGGUUGGUCUUAAUAUCAUAAGAUUUUUAUGCAAAUUGAAUUAUUUGAUUGUGUAGGUGCUGCAAUGGUGCCAAUCAGUUGGUGUGAGAUGCAAUGCCCCAAAACAAGAGCAAAGGAACACCGAAAGGUUGCCAAGGUUCAGCAAGCAUCUUGAUAAAUAAUUGAAUAAACAUUCAGCAUCUUCCUCAUCUAUUGGAUGGAUCCUUAGGAACUGAUUUUUCCAUUUUUGUAGAGGGAGAUAACAUGGAAAAUUUGUUUUCAAAAGUAAAAAACUGUUUUGAGGCUAAAAAAAAAGGUCAGCAGGAAAAAGCAGCCAGGAAAACUUUUGAUAGAUAACAACACAAAAAAAUUGUUUAAUUUUAAAAAAUCCUAAUUCUCCCUCCAAAAAAAAGAUAGUCAGUCCCUUAUGCAACCACCUGGAUUCACAUGGGGUGACACAUCUGAGAAGAACAGGAAUUAACUCCUUAGUAAUAUAGUUGUGUACUACAGGCAAGCUAUGCCUACAAGAUAUUAAAA